UUGCCCGGGGCCGGGCUUCCCGGAGAGGUUGAGCGGGGGCGGAUUUAUUUUGCUUCCACAUUCAGGGCGGCUGCCGCCAUGCGGUUUCGGGCCAAGAUCGUGGACGUCGCCUGCCUGAACCACUUCACCCGUGUGAUCAAUACAAUUGCCAAACUAGCUAAGACGUGCACUCUGCGCCUUACAGUGGACAAACUUUACUUCAUCCUUACUGAUAAAGUGGCAAAUGGAGGGGUCAGCAUGUGGUGUGAGUUAAGUCAGGGGAACUUCUUUGAUGAAUUUCAGAUGGAAGGAGUAGCAGCAGAACACAAUGAAAUUUAUUUGGAGCUGACACCAGAAAACCUAUCAAGAGCUUUAAAAACAGCCCAGAAUGCCAAGACGGUGAAAAUCAAAUUGACUAACAAGCACUGCCCCUGUCUCACAGUAGCUGUGGAACUGCCCUCGUUAUCGAGCAGUAGUCGCAUUGUGACACAUGACAUUCCAGUGGGAGUUAUUCCCAGAAGACUGUGGAAUGAUUUCCGAGAGCCUAGUGUACCAGAUUUUGAUGUCAGUAUUUACUUGCCGGUGCUGAAGACCAUGAAGAGUGUUGUGGAAAGAAUGAAAAAUCUCAGCAAUUGCAUUGUGCUUGAAGCAAAUUUAAACGGAGAAAUGAACUUGAAAAUAGAAACAGAUUUAGUGUCUGUUACGACCCAUUUUAAAGGUCUUGGAAAUCCUCCAUGGGUAUCAGAGGAUGGUUCACAAAAUUCUACUCAAGACAGAGAUCCGGAAAGCAUGGCUGAGGCACGCAUAGACAUUCGGAAGCUCUUGCAGCUACUUGCUGGGCAGCAAGUAAAUCCCACGAAAGCCUUGUGCAAUAUUGUGAGCAAAAGGAUUGUUCACUUCAUUUUGCUUCAUGAGGAGGUUUCCCUUCAGUACUUCAUUCCAGCACUUGCAUGAAUACUCUUCUACAGCUCAGCAGUUCUGCCCUAUGAGGCCUGGCCUACAGAGUGAAACAAGCAUAAAGAGUGGGGAUUUUGUGCAUCGAUGGGCUCUUGAUCUAUAAUAUUUAAAAAAGUUGUUGUACAUUUUAUAUUGUAUAUAUGUAUAGAAUUAUUGUAAGAACUUGAUUCCCAAGGAUAUUAUAUUUUUGUGUUGAUUAUAUAUUGGAUUAAAGUGAAAAUAUAUGGAAA